GUCAUUGUAGUCCUACCGCGUUCUGUCUCCGCUACUAAUGUUCCUGUUCGGCUCCUUCUUCUGCAGCCUCUCCGUGUGUCCAUACACCUCUUUCGUACUAAGCGUCCGGGCUGGGAAGGCGCUUGCCUGAAGCGACCAAGCGAGGCUGCGGUCGCCUCCAGAGCCCAGGGAGAGAACUACAAGUCCCAUGCUGCCUUGCGAGGCCGGGGCACGGCAGGAUUUAAAGGCUCAGUACGAGCCGGAGAUAAUGCAGCAGGUUGGUUAGGGGGAUUUUUUACUGCAAUAUACGUACGUAUUUAAAUGAGUGUGGUGGAAAAAAAAAAAGAAAAAAAAAAAAAAAAAGGAAAGAAAGAAGGAAUGACAGGGUGAGACAUGAGAAGAGUGAGAAGAACAAGUCAUCCUCCCCAAGCUGUGUGAUAGAAGAUAUAGACCGCCUGCUGUCUUCUUCAGAAUGACCUCUCCUCAGUGGAUAGCCGUAAAACCAGUGAUGACACAUUGCUACGUACUGUACAAAACCAGACCACGGAAAUCAGUAUGGUCCUAUGUGUGUCUAUGUGCUUCUAGAUUUCAGCACCAAACAACCCCUAGCUACUAAUACAUUGCUUAGAUGUCUAAAGGGAACAGGCAGAGUCAUGUUGUCUUGUUCACCAAUUCAUCCAUAUUAACCCGCAUGGUGUGGGCUCCUUCUAGAACUUCCACUCCUUGUUGCAUUGCAUCGUCUUAUAAACCAGACAGCGGCUGGACAAAAAUGUCUGCAGAGUGGUUGACUGACUGGACCUGUUUACUGAGAGGACUUCGUGACCUGAUUGCUGGGUGCAUCCAAGCUGUGCGUGACUGCAAUACCUUCGCCCUAACUACCGUUGUCUGCCUCUUAUUGUUGUUUGCAUGGUAUUGUUACCGAGUUGGUAAGGACCAACCCCGUUCUCCCUUUGCCACUGUGAAUUUACUCAUUCAAAGUUCAGACGCCAAAGGCUUGCAGAAUGGGUUUGCUUAUUGCCACUCACGUGAGUGUGUACGUUGUACCCAUAAUGAAGGACUGAACCAAAAACUUUAUCAUAAUCUGCAGGAAUAUGCCAAAAGGUACUCCUGGUCUGGCAUGGGCAGAAUUCACAAAGGCAUCCGCGAACAAGGUCGUUAUUUAAACGACAGGCCAUCUAUACAAAAGCCAGAGCUUUUCUUCCUUCCUGAUUUACCAACCUUGCCGUAUUUUGCGCGGGAUGCUCAAAAGCAUGACGUGGAGAUGCUAGAACAGAACUUUGCCACAAUCCUCAGUGAAUUUGAAGUCAUCUACAAAGCCUUUUCAAACUGCAGCAUGCCUCAAGGUUGGAAAUUAAACAGUACUCCAACUGGGGAAUGGUUCACAUUUUAUUUAGUCAAUCAAGGUGUGUGCAUUCCUGCCAAUUGCAAGAAAUGCCCACGGACGUAUCGCUUGCUUGGAUGUCUUCGUACCUUCAUUGGCAACAAUGUGUUUGGGAAUGCUUGUAUAUCUGUGCUUACCCCGGGAACAGUCAUAACCGAGCAUUACGGGCCCACCAACAUCAGAAUAAGAUGCCAUUUAGGUUUACGAAUCCCAGCUAACUGUGAACUGGUGGUUGGAGGAGAGCCACAGUGCUGGGCAGAAGGACAUUGCCUUCUGUUUGAUGACUCCUUCCUGCACACAGCAUUUCAUGAAGGUUCAGCAGAAGACGGACCUCGAGUAAUUUUUAUGGUCGAUCUGUGGCACCCCAAUGUGGCAGCAGCUGAACGUCAAGCACUUGAUUCGAUAUUUGCUCCCGGACGCUGAUUCAGUUCCACCACUUGCAACCGAACAUCUAUGCUCAUGGGAUCUUGCCUCAAAAAAAAAAAAAAAAGCUUGUCUCUAACAAAAUCCAUUCUGUGUAUAAGAACUAUGUCUUAUGUUCUCUAUUUAACCAUUGGCUUCUCUAUAGGUUUCCAUUGUAGAAAUGUGACAAAGAAGUAUAUGCAUCAAUCAACGUACAACUCUUUCACGAGAGAGCACUGAACUCUACUCAGCAGAGGAGAGCACUGAUAUGGUGGCUAAGGCUCCUAGCACCAUAUUAACUAAACAGCACAAACCAACAUUUAGCUUCAAGGCUUAUUGUAAACGAGGCAAAAACCUGGGAGACCCCUUUAUAGGCGCAUAUAGUAAAAUAUCAAAGCAUUCAGGGAAUGGCUGGGAAUCCUUCACAAUGCUCAGUUUUGUUCUCCCCUUAUGAGAUUUUAGCAAAAAUUGUAGUAUUUCAUAUUGCAGCUAACACCAUAUUUUCCAUUCUCUACUAGAAUGCAGCACUACUAUAGUAUGUUUCAUGUUACUACUGUAUAUUUAUACAACUCUGAAAUACAAGUUUAGGAAGUGACCUAAAGCAAUGUAUUUGUUGACGUGGACAAGGCCACAGAGUCUUCAUGUCAAAAUUGAUCAGCCAUGUAGGAUUAUCUUCUUGCUCACUCAGACAUGCCGAGGUAUUACACCCUCAUUAAUCACGUUGGGGAGGUCUCCCUCUGCUCAGCCAUGGCUAGACAAAAAAAAAAAAGAUCUUUUUUUAAAAAAAAAGAUACUGCAUUCUGCGAUCGUUGUAUACAACACAAAUCCUUUGAAUGCAGCUUAUAAUGCUGAAAUCAUAAAAUUUAAAUAAAAACGGGACUUUCUUCACUGGU